CACGGAGGUUACCGCAAAUGUGCCUGUACAAAAUUACUCGUGAUGUCAAUGACUGAUCAUAAAACAAUCUUACUCACACUCAAGAUAACAAGAUGGUUUAUAAUCAUUGUAACUUUCUUUGACUUACAGGACCUAUUUUGCGCAUGUGCAGAACGUCUUACAUCCAUUCCCUGAGAGCGGAGCCUGCACCGGAAGCGACUCCACAAAGGAGCCCUGCCGGUCAUGGUUUGUGCCCGGCUCCUUCUUUUAAAGUUUUUUUUUCCGUGAGUCCUGCUCUUUCCGUUCCGUUUAUCACAUACAACCGAAGUGAACCACGAGAGCCUGCAUCUAUGGAUGCAUGUGUUGAAGUGGACUUUGUGCAAACUUUCGGGAUGUUUCCCCUCAGACUCGUCUCCUGUUAGCCAAGAAUGCUAAAUGAAGUUAGCGUAGCUUGCUAGCUGGAAAUAGACGGAGAUGGAACUCGGUCACACACUAACUUCCGAGUCCAAACUGUAUUUUUCAUGGACCUAAAAUGUCCAGAUGAACCCGUCUGAAUAGACUAUGUGCUGUCCCCUUUAUUUCAAAAUGUUUUACGUCUGAAUUAUGUCCUGGAGUCCUAAGAAGCUAAUGAAGUUAGCGUAGCUUGCUAGCUGGAAAUAGACGGACGCGAACGUAACCUAGCAACACAGCGCACGUCAGAGGGACCAAACUGUUUCUAACGGAGUGAGUCUGGAGGAAAAGUUGCUGUAAAAAAUGUCUAAAGUCCAAAUGCUGAGAGCUUUUGUCAACCAGCGACUAAGUGCGGCUGCUGAGGAGAUAUUUGGGCUGUUUGAAAGGACGAUAGCAGAGCACGAGGAGGAGCUUUGUCGUUCAAAAGAGGAGAACGAGCGACAGCGGAAACUGCUGGACGCUGUUUUCCAGCCUGAAGUCCGGUUACACAGAGCAGGCGUCCAGCGGCUGUCGGUGAGUACAGAAGAGGUUCAGGAGUGGAGCCCCAGUCUGGACCAGGACCCAGAGCCGCCACACAUUAAAGAGGAGCAGGAGGAGCUCUGGACCAGUCAGGAGGGAGAGCAGCUCCGAGGGCUGGAGGAGGCCGAUAUCACCGAGUUCCCAUUCGCUCCUGUGAAGAGUGAAGAAGAUGAUGAUGAUGAAGAGAAACCUCAGUCCUCGCAGCUUCAUCAAAGCCAAACUGAAGAGAACAGAGAUGCAGAGCAUUUGAAACCAGAAGCUGAUGGAGAGGACUGUGGAGGACCAGAACCAGCCAGGAACUUUAAUCCAGAUAAUCAUUUACAACCAGCUCCUCGAGACAAGACUUCACACUCCUCUGAACCCGAGACUGACGACAGUUGUGAUUGGGAGGAGACCAGGGAACCUCAGUCAGGUUUAAACCCAGAACCUGUGAGUGAUCAGGACUGUAAUACUGGAAAAACAUCAGUUAGCUCCUCUGAAUGUGCUACAAGCUUUGGCCACAAGGAACAUCUGCAGAAACACCAUGGAAUCCAAACAGCAGUGAAACCAUUUAGCUGCUCAGUUUGUGGUAAACGAUACCUUCAUAAGAUCUCUUUAAUGACUCAUAUGAGACUUCAUUCAGAAGGAAAACGUUACAGCUGCUCAGUUUGUAAAAAAACUUUUCAAUGGAGAAGAGAUGUUGUGAGGCACAUGAGAAUCCACACAGGGGAGAAACCCUUUAGUUGCUCCAUCUGUGGUACAGCAUUCACACGAAACUCAACUUUGACCGCACACUUAAGAGUUCAUACGGGAGAAAAACCUUUCAGCUGCUCAGUUUGUAAUGCAAGUUUCAGUGCCAGAAGCAAUUUGUUCACACACAUGGAAAUCCAUACCGGGGAGAAACCCUUUAGUUGUUCAGUUUGUGGUAAAAAAUACACCCGGAAGAACGCCUUAACGACUCACAUGAGACUUCAUUCAGAAGAAGAAAAGCGUUUCAGCUGCUCAAUUUGUAACAAAACUUUUCAAUGGAGAAGAGAUGUUGUGACACACAUGAGAAUCCACACAGGGGAGAAACCCUUUAGUUGCUCCGUCUGUGGUACAAGAUUCGCACGAAGUUCAACUUUGACCACACACUUAAGAGUUCAUACAGGAGAAAAACCUUUCAGCUGCUCAGUUUGUAAAGCAAGUUUCAGUGCCAGAAGCUCUUUGUUCAAACACACGAGAAUCCACACAGGGGAGAAACCAUUUAGGUGUUCAGUUUGUGGUAAAAGAUUUGCACAAAAGGAACAUUUGAGACGACACUUGACUGUCCACACAGGGGAGAAACCAUUUAGUUGUAGCGUUUGUGAUAAAAGAUUCACUAAGCUCGCUUAUAUCAAAAAUCACAAGUGUGUUGGUGAGAGCAGCAGAAAUAAAUGAAGCUGCUUGUUGAGACAUUUUUUUCCAGCAGGAUUGAAGUACUGAGGGCAGGACUUGGCUCAACGCUGAUCAGCUAAAAACUGUGACAGACUCCAAAAGAAGUUCUGCUUCAUCUUAUCAGAGAAGCCAUGUGACCAUUUUAAUUCUGUUUUUAUUCGAGUCUACGUUAUUUCGUUGUUUCCGGGCAAAGUGCUUUUUGUUAUGACAUGUAUUCAUUGAUUUUAAAAUGUAUUUAAAUUUUCUAAAAGUAUUUUAUGUCACCUAUACAGCAACUAUGGUCAACAUUUGGUGUUUUAAAAUGUGAUUUAUAAAUUAAAUGUCUUGACUUAA